GUAUCUGCUUCUAUUAAUAUACUCUUCUUUUCAUUGACAUACGCUCCUUGCUUACUCUGCGAGGGACUACAGCAUCCUAUCUGUUCGUGUUUCGAUCCGGAUCGGCGUCAAAACCGCGGAGAGGGGAAUCAUUGUUUGUUUGUUUCAAUUGUCUGGUCAUUUCACGCAUCUGCCCCUCCUUGCACUUCCAGCUUCCUCACUCUUCUUUAUCCUUGAUACACUAUUCAUUCGCUAUUACUACUUUCAUCCGUCCGAGCCCAGACCCUCUACUCCAGCCAUGUUGAUGGUCGAGAAGCACUGGAUUCUUGUACAGCAAAAGACAUUCACCAAAUGGCUGAAUAAUAAGUUGAAGGUCAGAAAUCUGGCCAUCAACGACUUGAGAUGUGAUUUAUCCGAUGGAGUCAUGCUUAUCCACUUAUUGGAAAUCCUCGGAGAUGAAUCCCUCGGUCGAUAUGCCUCGAAGCCAAAGCUACGCGUACAAAAAUUCGAAAAUGUCAACAAAGGACUGGAUUUCAUUAAACUACGCGGCAUCCAAAUGACCAAUAUCGGUGCCGAAGAUAUCGUGGACGGAAACCAAAAGAUCAUUCUUGGUUUGAUAUGGACACUCAUUUCGAAAUUCACAAUCAGCGAUAUCAGUUCAGAGGGCAUGUCCGCCAAGGAAGGGCUGUUGUUAUGGUGUCAGCGAAAGACGGCUUGUUACCCGGAAGUCGAGGUUCGAGAUUUCUCGGCGAGUUGGAACGACGGUCUGGCGUUUUGUGCUCUGUUGGAUAUUCAUCGCCCGGAUUUAAUCGAUUUUGAUUCCCUAGAUAAAAAUGAUCACCGAGGUAAUAUGCAACUAGCCUUUGAUAUUGCCGCCAACGAGAUUGGCAUCCCGGACUUGCUCGAUGUGGAAGACGUGUGUGACGUGGAUAAACCGGACGAGCGGUCAUUGAUGACUUAUAUCGCCUAUUGGUUCCAUGCUUUUUCGCAGUUGGAGAAGGUUGAGAAUGCCGGGCGGAGAGUUGAGAAGUUCGUGAGCAAUAUGCAAGGCGCCUGGGAAAUGCAGUCAUCCUACGAGAAACGAAUGAAGGAAUUGCUGGCCCAGAUUGCGAAUCAAAGAGCGGAAUGGAAAGGGGCGUCUUUCGAGGGUACCUACACCGAUGCAAAGGAGCAACUUGCUGAAUUUUCGCAUUAUAAGAGAAACCAGAAGCGAAAAUGGGUGGCGGAAAAGUCCGAUCUUGCUGCUUUGCUGGGAAAUAUCAAGACCAAGCUCAGCACCUACCGCCUACGACCGUAUGAACCUCCUGCAGAGCUGGCACUCGACAGAUGUGACCAAGUUUGGGAAGAGUUGAUGAAGGAGGAGCAAGAACGCAGCCAGCUCAUCAAUGAAACUAUCCGGGAUAUCAAGAACAAGUUGCGUCGCUCUUUUGCGGACAAGGCCAAUGAUUUCGCGCUCACCUUGAAGACGCUAACCCUUGCCAUCUCGGGCCUUGAGGGUGAUGUUGAAGAUCAGCUGACUCAUGUCAAACGUUUGAAUGAUAACCUACCCCCACUUGACGCGUUCUUAGAGACCAUUGCAGAUCUGGAAGAACAGUGUGCUGAAGCAAACAUUGAAGAGAACGACUACACAACGUAUACGCUGGACGAGUUGUCGUACGAGUUGGGACUGGUCAAGUCAAGCGUGGCGAAGAAGCUUGCAUUCCUAGAGAAUCAAAUGGUGGCGCGAAAUAUGACCAAUCUUACACCAAUCCAAUUGGAAGAAUUCGAGUCUGUUUUUCGACACUUCGACCGAGACGGGUCAAAUACUUUACAGGAGAUUGAGUUUUCAGCUGCCUUGGCCAGUCUUGGUCUUGUCUACGACGAAGACGAGAUGCAUGAAGUGUUCUUGGAGACUUGCGGCCGCAAUUCCACAGUCAGCUUUGAGCAGUUUAUUCGGUUUAUGGUCAGUGUGACUGAAGAUCAGAACACUGCAGAGCAGGUGUUUCAGAGUUUCCGCGAGGUGGCCGAUGGGAAGCCGUACGUCACAGAACUGGAUCUCCGACAUUCUCUCAUUCCCGACGAACUCAUCGAUAAUCUUCUGGAGUCAAUGCCCAAGCACGAAGGCCCUGAUCUUUUAGAAGACCGGGAUCUGCCGAAAUAUGACUAUAUUACAUUCAUGGAGAGAAUGAUGGAUAAUCAGGGGUCUUCAGAAGAUAAUAAACAUCCAGUCAAUGGAGGGCAUUAAUCGAUAGAAGGAAUUGGCAACUGCUUUAUAGUAAUCAGCAUUUCUGGUGUUUUGUCCAUCACAUACAUAAAGGGGGUGUUUGUUUCAGUGGCUUGUUUAUCAUUGUUCAUUCAGGAUUACUGUUUUUGCUGCUGGGCAGGCAUUAUUUUUAAUCUUUUGUGCUUUCAACCUUCUCUUUGGUGUACAAAUACCAAGUUUAAUCAUUC